GAGCGCCAGCAUGGGCUUGGGGGCCAGCACGCUGAGAGCCCUCCUCCUCCUCCUGGAUGUUGGAGCAGCUCAAGUAUUAGCAACGGGCAAACCCACUGUGGCUGAAACCGAUAUCAAAUACGCCAUCAUCGGGGCCGCUGUGGGCUUCGCCAUAUCGGCCGGCUUCCUGGCCCUGAAGAUCUGCAUGAUCAGGAAGCACAUGUUUGAUAAUGAUUCCUCCGAACAGAGAAGCACAAACGUGGGCUUUAACAGUAAGGAAACGAUGAUGCUCAACCCCAGCUCUGCCCUUGCCCGAGACAAGACGUAA